AUGAGAAGUCAAGCCUUGAAGAUUCCAGUCACCAACGAUGUCUGCAUCUUCUGUCUCACACGCAUACAGUUUGCAUCAGUCCAUGCUCUCAGGAGAUCUCAACGUCGAUUUGUUAGCUCUACUCGAGCCUUCCAAAGGCCGCCUGCCAUUGCGGUAGCACAGAAAGAAGAGGAUGGAACUCAAGACUCGGACUUAGCCAGAAGGAGCCAGCCACCACGACCUUUCGGUGGCGGUUGGGCCAGGACUAGACCGGCAGCACCAAGCGACUUGACACCAGAAGAGAAGGCAUUGAGGAAUGCACUGCAAAAUAAUCUUACAAGAGAACCACCACAACUUGAAGAGAAAGAGACUACGCAAGAGCCUCGUAUCCGUAGACAUACAGCUAGGGGACGUACGCUACAAGCACCACCACAAGUUGAAGAGAACGAAACUACGCAAGGGUCUCGUGUCCUUCAACAUGUAGGUAGGGGAUAUUCGCUACAAAGACCACCACCACCCGAAUCGCACACGCCACGAAAGCCGAGAUUUGGUGGUUGGGCCAAAAGUGGAAUUACAACCGAAUUGACCUCGGAAGAGCAGGCCUUGCGACAAAGCUUCCAGAGAGAAGCUGCUCCUGAGCCUCGUCUCCCUGUCCAUCGGAUCAGUCAUUCACCGCAUACAUCUUCUGUCCCAGGAUACCCGUCGAGACAGGAGUUACAAGCGAGAAGAGAUGCCCCUUUGGAGGAGACUGCGCGUACUUUCCCAAUUCAGACCUCUGGUACCCAACGACAGGGUACGCAGGAGAACACAAAUAAUGAGGGGUUACUUGGAUAUCGUCAAACCCGCGAUGCCCAGCUUAAUUACCAUAUCUCCCAGUCCACAGCAAAGCCGAAAUUUCGGCAGGGAGAUUGGUACUGUCCUUCCUGUGCACAACACAAUCCUGAGAGGGACCGAAAGUGCCCUACUUGUCAGACUGUGAAGCCUUUUAUGGCAAAUUGGCAAUGUCAAGAGUGUGGGAAAACCAAUCCUCCAAAGUAUCACUUUUGCUAUAGUUGCCAGACCCCAAUUGCUUCUACCACUGCGCAAGGGCCAACGGACCACGUCAAGCAUUGGAAACAUGUAAGACGACCAGGAUAUGAUGCCUCUCCCGGGCAUUCGCCGCCAGAGCAAUCUCCCACCCAAGAGCGCUCCGCAGACACCCGAGCAAUUGCCAGGGCAAGUGCAAUCGAACGAGAAAAAAUGGAGCGCAUGGAGAAGACGAAAGGUGGCGAAUUUGUCGGUCUUGGGGGCCAAUAUGAGACUGCUACAUCCGAAGCCAUGAAAUAUUCCCAUUGGUCUCUUGAGCCUGAUGGAUCUGAAGCGCAGCAUGUUAAACCCACUACGGCCGAUGCGCCCGACACGUCGACGACUGGGAGCCAUUUGGUAAACUGGCGAGCUCAAUCGGCAACGAAACCGCAAGUGAAUGGAGUGCAGGGCAUCACAGACAAGAGGUCUGGUCAGGAGGUUGCGGGUAGACUCUCGGAAGAUCGAUCAAAAGUAGCAAAGUUCACAGGCGGUUGGAAGCGAUGGGAACCCCCCUCGGCAGGAAGCCAGCCUCCCCUUGAAGAGUCUUCUGAACGCGGUCAUCUUGGUCAAGCUGAUAGACCGUCUCAACCAUCGUCCUUUGAGCUCGCGCGCGAGCAGAAUGCGAGAAAACCCGAGUUUUCUGCAUUAGAGAGAGAAAGGCGUACUAGACAUGAACCGCGGGGACGAGAUAUUGCAAGGCACUCAUUGUACGAAAGCACAUCUAUGCCUCAUGUUAGAGGUGGUGACCGUGAUAAACUGCGAAAGAGUAAGAAGGUGGUUUCGACCUACGACGAUGCCGAUGAAGAUGAUGAAGAUCGUGCAGCCCGACGAAUGGGACGCAAAGAGCAACGAAAGAAAGCCAGGGCUAUACAGAGGGCGACAGCCCCAGCGACGCCCAUCUACCUACCCGAAUUCAUCAGCGUUUCCAACCUUGCUGGCAUCUUGAAGGUCAGGGUCGACGACUUCAUUCACAAGAUGAAAGCUCUUGGCUUUGAGGAGACCAAUAACGACCACGUCCUUGAUGCAGAGACUGCUGGACUUGUAGCAGCCGAGUUCAAUUUCGAGCCGAUAGUCGAGCAAGCUGAGAAUCAAGAUCUGCUUCCUAGACCGCCUGCGGAGGACACGUCAGUGUUGCCUCCUCGUCCUCCUGUGGUCACCAUUAUGGGACAUGUGGAUCAUGGGAAGACCACGCUUCUAGACUACCUCCGAAAGUCAUCAGUAGCAGCAUCCGAGCAUGGUGGGAUCACCCAACACAUUGGUGCCUUCUCCGUGCCCAUGCCUGGCGGACGGCUUGUCACAUUCUUGGAUACACCAGGUCAUGAAGCAUUCCUCAGCAUGCGUCAGCGAGGUGCGAAUGUUACAGACAUCGUCAUUUUGGUUGUCGCCGCGGACGACAGUGUAAAGCCUCAAACCAUCGAAGCCAUCAGACACGCUCAAACGGCCAAAGUUCCAAUGAUCGUAGCGGUCAACAAAAUUGACAAAGAAGAUUCCAACGUUGAGCGAGUCAAGCAAGAUCUGGCUAGAUAUGGUGUUGAGAUUGAAGACUACGGAGGAGACACCCAAGUCGUCUGCGUCAGUGGCAAGACCGGUCAAGGCAUGGAAGAGCUAGAAGAUGCCGCUGUUGCCCUUGCAGACAUUCUUGACAUGCGCUCUGAGACUGAUGGUCAGGCUGAAGGUUGGGUACUUGAAGCUACUACUAAAAAAGCUGGCCGUGUUGCUACUGUGCUUGUCAGACGUGGUACCCUCAGACCAGGCGAUAUCAUUGUCGCCGGCACUUCCUGGGCUAGAGUUCGGAGUCUACGAAACGAAGCGAGCGUCAUGCUCAAGUCUGCAGGGCCUGGCACACCCGUUGAAAUUGAUGGCUGGCGCGAGCAACCUGCCGCGGGCGAUGAAGUUCUCCAAGCACCUGACGAACAAGGAGCUAAAGCCGUGAUCGAUUAUCGCCUUGAAGCCUACGAACGGACCCGAAUGGCUACCGACAUGGCCGCAGUGAACGAAGCUCGCCGUCUCGAGCAAGAAAAGCGGGAAGAAAAGCGGGAAGAAUUGGAGAGAGCAGCCGGACUUGCUGAAACAGAUCGUGAUGCUGCCACCCCCACAGAAGGGCAAAGCACUCCUUCAACGCCAUCGUUCCAAGAAGUCUUCUUCAUCAUCAAAGCCGACGUCUCUGGUUCUGUCGAAGCUGUCGCCGAUGCCGUCUCCGCUCUCGGCAACAGCGAAGUGCGCCCUCACAUUCUCCGCACUGGCGUCGGGCCUGUGACCGAGUUCGAUGUCGAUCACGCUGCCGUCGCAAAAGGCAGCAUCAUCUCCUUCAAUACAACCGUCGAUGGGAGUAUACAGCGCAUGGCAGAAGCUAAAAAAGUCAAGAUCCUGGACCAGAGAAUCAUUUACAGGCUCGUCGAUGACGUGAAAGCGAAGCUUAGCGAAAUGCUACCGGCUAUCGUUACUCAGAAGGUCUUGGGCGAGGCUGAGAUUGCGCAGGUGUUUGAAAUCAAUACAAAGGGGAGAGUUACAGUGCCGUUUGCUGGGUGUAAAGUUAGAAAUGGUGUGGUUGGGAGAAACCAUAAAAUCAGGGUGCUGAGGGGGAAGGAGGUUGUUUACGAUGGCACGCUUUCUUCCCUCAAGAACGUGAAGAAAGACGUCACGGAGAUGCGCAAGGGUAGUGAAUGUGGUAUGGGCUUUGAAAACUGGACGGAGUUCAAGCUGGGGGAUCAGGUGCAGAGCUACGAAACUAUGUCCGAGAAACGGACGCUGUGA